AUGUCUGAAGAUACUACAAGCAUGGCAAAGCGCCGAGUGUUGGUGAUUGGAUCAGGUGGUGUGGGGACGAUGGUCAGCGUCGCCCUCGAAAGAUCAGGAGAGGCGUCUGUCACUUCUGUUCUCCGGUCCAAUUAUGAACAGGUUGUCCAGCAUGGAUUCGAAAUUGAGUCCAUCGACCAUGGAAAAUUAUCAUCCUGGAGACCAAGCGCAAUCGUCAAUACGGUCCCCCUCGCCGACCCCAACACUCCAUUUGACUAUGUGAUUGUCACAAUGAAGAACAUCCCGGAAGUGAACAACAUCCCCAAGAUCAUAUCUCCAGCGAUAACACCAGAUCAUACAACGAUCGUCCUAUUCCAAAAUGGACUGUAUAUCGAACCACCAAUCAUCGCUGCAUUCCCCACAAACGUCGUGUUGUCAGCGCCAAGUUUCAUCGGCGCACACGAACACAACGGCCAUGUGGUACACGACGACCAUGAUCGCUUCCACAUCGGCACAUUCCACAAUCCAUCCGUGGACGCGGCAUUCGAGCGCACCAAGCUCGAAGAGUUCGCGAAAAUUUAUAACGGGAGCAAAGUCGUCGAUGCAGAGGUCGUUGAUGAUAUAGUCUUCUAUCGCUGGCGAAAGGUGCUCUGGAAUGGAAUUUUCAAUCCGAUGUGCGCUAUCACUCAGCUUGACAGUGCUGCGAUUCGGCGAUUCGGCGGGGAGAAUAGUUUGAUUAGACCCGGUAUGAUGGAGAUGGCCGCCAUUGCGAAGGCGGAUGGGUAUGAUCUCGGACCGGGAAUUGUGGAUGAGCUAAUAGAUAUCACUCCUCUCGAGUUGUCUUUCCGACCAAGUAUGCUGGUGGACGUGGAUAAAGGGAAUCCCAUGGAGGUGGAGGUUAUUCUGGGGAAUGCUUUGCGUGUUGGGAGGGAGAAGGGUGUGAGCACACCGAUUUUGGAUAAUACGUACCGGUUUCUGAAACUCACCCAGGCGCGGCUGUUGGCUGCAAGAGGAUUGAUUGUUGAGCCGAAGGAACUGCCAAAACUAGAUCUGAUAUAG